AUGGCUGCGGCGCUGGACGCGGCGGCGGCCCCCUGCCAGCUGGCGUCCGAGCGGCGCGUGCGAGGGCCCAUCGGCGCGAUCCAGGCCACGCUCCCGGACUUGGGCUGGGACCCCGUGGAGGCGACGCGGUGGCAUCGGCCCACGGCGGCGGGCUAUGACGAGUGGACGCUGCCGACGGCCGCGGACGAGCGCUUCGCCAGCGUCACGGAGUACCAAGGCGUGCUGGACGACGUCGUCGCGGACCUCCGUAGCCAGCCUUGGCGGCAGGCGGCGUGCCACGAGGAGGACAAGAUGUCGGAUUCGGGGCUCAACCUAAUUGUCGUGUCGGGCGGGCAAUGGCCGCGCGAACUGCGCUUGUGGGCCAGCUACGCUCUGAGCGACGGCAUUUGCAAGCGCUGUGGGCGGGCCAGGGAGGACCUUCUCCACAGGAUCUGGACGCGCGCCGAUAGCGCGGGCGACGAGGCCUUCUCAAAGACGGACGCGCUCCUGCCGAGGGCGCUGGCGGGCUAUGAGGUGGAGCCUUCCUUUUGGCUGCAGAGCGUAGCGCCGGCCCGCCUCGCGACGCCGACCUUCGACGAGGAGAGGGUGGCGCGGGCUGAGGUGGUCAUCGGCGGACCGCUCGACCAUUGCCGCGACUCCACAACCGUUGUCACUGUCUUCGGCGACGGCUCAGGCGGGCGCUUCUCCGUCGACCCGAGAAGGAGGAGGUGCGGCGCUGCGAUCGCGUUCCUCGCCCGGGGUCCCGACGGUAAGUGGCAAGCCGCUGCUGGGCGCUAUGUGCCACUCGUCGGCUCGCGGCAGACAGUGCCGCGGGCUGAGAUUUUGGCGUUCGUGCUGGCGCUGGGAUCCACCUCUGGCGCGAUGCGCUUCGUGACUGCUGGGCAGGCGGCCGAGGCAGGCUGGCAGGCCAGCUUGUUCGGCCCCGAGCCUCGCACGGACGAGUUCGACUCCAUCGCCACCCUCGUCAGGCGGCCAGCCCGCACGGCGGCUCGCAUGGCCGCGGCGGAGAGCGCCCACCUGAUGGUGCGGUGCGGCAGCAAGCGGACCUGCCAGAGGUGCCGCAGACUCGCGCAGAUUUGCCGUUUGUUUGUGCUUCUGCAGCACGCCUUGCACCGGACCUGCUGUCGCCGAGGCCAGCUUUUGGCGGCGGCGGCCAGUGGAGGUGGCCCAGCUCCUGCACCUGUGGGCACCGCCCCGUGCGGCGAGGAGCUGCGGAGAGAGCUGGACGACCUGCGCGGCUACAGGGACGCCUACGAGAAGCUCCAGGCGAAGAUUGCGCCCUUCUCGGCCGCGCGCGGGGCCCGGGGGCGGGGCGCCGCCGCCGUCCUGGAGUCCUUCCUGGGCGCGCAGCGCGCGGGCAGCCACGGCCAGCCCGAGCCCGAGGUGUGA